AUGCAGAACCAUCGUAAUACGCGCACUGCAAGUUUAAUAUACGCACUUGCCAAUCUAUCACACCUCCUGGCAUUCGGAACGACAGCUUUCAUCGCGUAUUGGAUCUCGGUCUACAUAUAUCGAGUCACUCUACAUCCGCUCGCGAAAUUUCCUGGCCCGAAGCUUACAGGCGCGACCUUCUGGUACGAGUUCUACUACAAUCUAUUUCCUCACAAACUGCGCUUUCUCUGGAAAAUCGAAGACCUCCAUAAUCAGUACGGACCAAUCGUACGAAUCAAUCCACUCCACAUCCACAUCCGAGACCCGGAGUAUCUUGACGACAUCUACGCCAGCGGACGCCGCAAGCGCAAUCGCAUCGAUCAUGACGUCCACCGGGUGAGGCGCGCUACGCUCAGCCCAUUCUUCAGCAAGCGGUCAAUUCAAGCUCUGGAAGGCCGCGUCGUAGACAAGAUCGAUAUUUUGGUAGAUCGAAUCGCAGAAGCCCGUCAGACCGGAGAAACCGUGAACUUGCUCUUUGCCGCAGGUACUCUGACCAUAGAUAUAAUCUCUGCUUAUACAUUUGGAAAAGAUUGGAACAAGUUGGUGACGAAGCUCAGUCCAGCUGCUACGCUUGUACCACGGAACAGAGCCCUAUUCAAGGACAUGAUCCAGACUGCAGUCGAAGAAGAAAAGACUAGUCAGCUUGAAAAAUCUGCAUCCCAGUCUAUAUUCCAGGAUAUCCUUCAGAGCAACCUACCGCCCAGUGAUAAAACCCCUGCUCGCCUUUCAGCGGAGGCAGGUUUGCUUGUCAUGGCGGGAACUGAAACGACCGCGAGAUCUUUAGCCGUCAUUUUAUUCCUGCUUCUUGACACCCCGUAUGUCUUAGAUCGAGUAAGGAAGGAACUGGCACAGCAUAUGCCCCGGCCUGACUCCCGCAUUUCACUUACUGAGCUAGAAGCCAUUCCUUAUUUCUCUACUAUGAUCACCGAAGGCGUGAGGCUAUCUCACGUUGUUUCUAGUCGUAUACCAAGAUACGCCCCCGAGGAAGAGCUCAAAUACAAGGAUUGGACGAUUCCACCCGGCAUUGACGACCCUUCAUUAAGGGCAAACUACUUCUUGGGUUUCGGCCCGGGUACCAGAGUGUGUCUCUGUAUCAAUCUUGCUAACGCAGAGUUGUAUCUCACAGUCGCCUAUAUCUGUGCCCGUUUCGAUAUGGAGCUAUUUGAGACUAAAAGGGAGCGUGAUAUGGAUGUGGUCAUGGAUUCUGUUAUUAGACAACCUAGUCUGGAGAGCAAGGGGAUCAGGGUCAAGAUCACAAGAGAUAGACUCCAGGAUGAGCAAGCUUAG